AUGGACGAGAACGAUCAACUUGCUUGGGACAUCGGGGCGGUGUUCAUGAUGGGUUUCAGUGGGACAACCGUGACUCCGCAGGUUAAACAAUUGAUUGAGGAGCACCAUCUCGGAACAAUCAUGUUGUCCGGGAAGAACUUCAAAUCUGCCGAGCAAGCCACAAAGCUCAUUUUAGAGCUCCAAACCAUCGCGCGCAACGCUAACCAUCCGUAUCCGUUACUUAUUGCGAUUGAUCAAGAGAAUGGGGGACUCAAUAAUUUAUGUGAUUCGCAGCACCUACGGCAAUUCCCUGGCGCCAUGGGAAUGGCGGCGACGGGAUCGCCCGAACUGUGUAGGGAGGUUGCCAAAGCUACAGCACUUGAAGUAUCGUCAGUGGGGGUGAAUUGGAUAUUGGGACCGGUGCUAGAUGUGCUUAAUCCGAAUGCGCGCACCCAGCCGUUGGGGGUGAGAACUAUGGGACAUGAGCCAGAGGAGGUAUCUGAAAUGGGAGUGGCAUUUAUGAGGGGAUUACAAGACGGCGGUGUCGCAGCCUGUGCGAAGCAUUUCCCCUCAUACGGCAAUAUCGAAUUCCAAGGUUCUCCACUAGACGUCCCGAUACUAUCCGAUACUAUCGAGCAGCUCAAGCUGCAUGGCUUAAUACCGUUUAGGAAGGCAGUGGCAGCGGAUAUAGAUGCAGUUAUGGUCGGUGGCUGUUCAAUGCCAUCCCUAGAGACGAAAGUUAUGCAUGCAUGCCUUUCGGAUUCUAUCGUAAACAAGCUUUUACGCGAAGAGAUGGGGUUUAAGGGGGUAGUAGUGAGUGAAUGCCUGGAAAUGGAAGCCCUGCAUGAGAACAUCGGCGUAGGCCAGGCGACAGUUAUGGCACUGGAUGCAGGGUGCGACCAAAUCAUUGUGUGCAGGUCGUUUACUUUGCAGCAGGAAGCUAUCCAGGGGCUCCAAAUAGCUGUAGAAAGCACGAUUAUAUCGCGGGAAAUGGUUGCAGAAGCUGCCGCUCGAGUAGCCGCUAUGAAACGAAAGCGCACAUCUUGGCAACAAGCUCUGAAUCCGCCUGGGGUCAAUUACUUGAUGUUUCUAGAGCCGUCGCAUAAAGAGCUUUCUGUGAGGGCGUACGAGGCAUCGAUCACGAUAGUGCGAAACAAAGACCGAUUGCUGCCAUUGUCGACAAGACGCGAAGAGGAACAUGAUAUUCUCCUGCUAACACCUCUCGUCAAACCGUUGCCGGCUUCGCUUUUGGCGCAAGCGGAAGAACUUAGCGCAGCCUCCAAGUUAGAAUCGAGCCGAAGUGAUAGCUCUCCAACACCGACCCUAAAUACGUCGGCGACGUCCCGGCCGGAUCAUAAGUCACUACUAUCCUCAUUUCUCUCGGACAAGGACCGAGUACUAAUGACGGGUGAAGUUGUCUUCCGUGAAUUGGGGCGUUCUAUUGGUCGCAGUUCUGGUGCGAGGAUUCUUCAUAGCUCGUAUACUGCGAGUGGUAUCCGUCCUGUCCACGAAAACCUCAUUGAAGCCGCUUCAAUGAUUAUUGUUGUCACCGCAGAUGCAAAUCAGAACCGAUAUCAAUACGGGUUCACCAAACACAUAUCAGCAGUUAGCAAGAUUCCUACAGAUCGUUUCCCCAAGGGGAAGCAAGUAAUUGUCAUUGCGGUAUCCUCGCCGUACGACUUCUGGGUUGACAAGUCGAUUGGAACCUAUGUUUGCACCUACGAUUUCACAGAAACGGCAAUCGAUGCGCUAGUGAAAGUCAUAUUCGGGAAGAAAAAUGCCAAAGGCCUCCUCCCAGGGACAAUAUUCAAGAGACGGCAGCAGCAGCAGCAGCCAAAACAGCAGUGGUUAGUCGAGCAUUGGAAGAAACCCCGGGACUUCGAAUCUCUCAAACAGCUCCUGGAGGCAGUUAGGCGUUCAAGCGCGGAAACCCCGUCCCUUUACAUAGAUCUAGCCACGCUCCCCGCUGCUGCCUACCUUACCGAAGACAUUAUCAUGAACGAUGGUUCUGUCAUCCUAGAACAGCAAAAUUUCGUCGUUCGGAACUCUUCUACACGUGCGCUCUAUGGGUUUUGUUCAACAUACUAUAAUCCUAGGAGCGGGGUUGGCAGCAUUGGGGUUAUUGUAGUCGAUCCUGCCCGCCGUAAAUUGUCAAUAGGCAAUUCCUUGCAUGCAUCUGCUCUACGGUAUCUACGACAAAAGCCAGGCAUCAAACGAGUCUCUAUCGGAUCGCGAUUCCCAGCCAUAUACCUCGGGAUGCCCGCUUCCCUAGAUCCCAAUACCGCGACGGCAAAUGUUACCGAAGGAAUGGAUCCCAACAAGCCUUUCAAAACAUGGUUCCGCAACCUUGGAUGGCCUGAAACUUCAUCAUCUCGUGUGCAUCGUCUUCUUCUUUCCAACCUCGCCGAAUGGAAGCCUCCAGCUACGAUCAGCAAACAACUCUCUGACGCUGGUAUUUGCUUCGAACUCAUCUCAGAUAUCAAAUCCCCGACUGCGCCCGUACUCUACGAGCAAACCAUGGAAUUUGUCCGCUCCCAUGACAAUAGCCGUUAUGUAGACCCAUAUCGCAUAGCCGGUGAUGACCUUCAGAUCGGUCAAGCUCGUAUCCUGAUAGCAACCAAUAGCCAAAAGAAAUUCUUAGGAACAGUCAUACUAGUCUGGGGAACAAACGACCUGGGGAAACUCGAGAAAUUUACUCCGUUGAUUCGACCGAAUAUGCUCGCAUCCGCCGCUGGCCAUGCCGGGUCCGAAGCCGAUAAGACAUCUCGAAACGUUUGCGGGAUUUUAUACCCAGUUCUUGCGCCGACACCACUGAGAAGGCUUGUCCUCGAAGGUCUUGUGGCGAUAUCUACUAAACAUUUCCAGAUGCCGCAGCAACAGGGAAUGGUGGGCUUCAGUAAAGUGAUUUUGGAUUGUCUCGAUAAUCCUGACGACGCACAGGCUGUGGUUAAUAGCAAAAAUGGCAAAACUGGCUGGAGGAUUUGGCAUACAUUUGAGGAGAUGGAGUGCUCACUAUUGGAUUUGAGGUCUUCAUAG